AUGAUUGACAUGACUGGUCAGCUGUGGCUCACAGAAACGCGCCUAACAUUCUUUCCACAAGAGACGAAUGAAACUAGCAACGGUUUUCAUCUCGAUUAUCCAUCUAUAGCUUUGCAUGCGAUUUCGCGUUUUGUGCCCGAAGAGCUACGUGGUUCGGACAUGUUCUUGUUGGAUACAUGUUUGUACUGUCAACUAGACGAUCAUCCCGAGCGUGAUGAUGAGAAAGAGAAUGAGGAGGAAAACGGCGAAGUAAAAGAGAUGUGGAUACUUGUACAGGACAGCUCAAUCAGUACGUUUAUGCAUGUGCAGGAUCUGGUGAACUCAUUUAGCAGUGAAUUCGCUGUAUGA